AUGGGUUUCGCGGCCUUGCUCGCGUCGGUGUUGGUCGGCCUGGCCAAUGGCCUGGCCUCAACCGAUACAAUUACUUGGGGAGGUGACAAUACUCGUGCUGGGUACCAAACAAAUCAUAACAUGGACCCAGCUGUCGUUCGCAGCUCUGAAUGGGGUCAAUUGUUUAAAACCGACCUUCCUGGAAAUUAUAAGGGCUACAAAGAAGUCAUUUACUCUCAACCUCUUGUCUAUACGCCUUCGGGGGGUGACACUCAAUACGUAUACGUGACCACUACCCAAAACAACGUCUAUAAGCUUGAUUCCAAGACGGGCGCCAUUAUCGCUUCGCGUAACCUAAAAAUUCCAUUCUUGACUGCGGAUCUCGAUGGCUGCGUUGACAUUAACCCUACGGUCGGUGCAAUUGGCACGGGUGUUAUUGACCCCGAUGACGGAACCUACUAUGUGAUCGUCAAGACAUACGAGAACCAAGAGAGUCAAGAACCUCAGGGUCGUCCGGCCGGUCGUCAUUUUAUCUUUGCUAUUGACGUCAAUGAUUUGAGUGACAGGCCAAAUUUCCCAAUCAAUCUCGAAGGCAUUGUCUCUCGCAACAGCCAGGUGCGAAAAUUCAAUGGCGGUAUUCUGCUUCAGCGACCCGGUCUUCUGCAUACUGGAGGCUUUUUCUAUGCCGGAUUCGGAUCCCACUGUGUUCAGUACGAUUUCUCUGGCUGGAUUAUCGGCUGGGACAAAUCUGGCAACAUUGUUGAGAAAUGGGUUACCCAGGGCCCUGAUGUCCCUGAAACGACCCGAGGUGCCGGUAUUUGGAUGUCAGGAGGAGGCUUGGCCUCUGAUGAUAAAGGUUCCAUCUGGUUCGGUACUGGAAACGGCUAUGCCUCUCAGCUUGCCACUAUCCCCGUGAAUGGCUUCGAUCCGCCCACUGCUAUGGAGGAGGCUGCCGUUCGUAUGACUCAAAACGCAGACGGAACAUUGUCCAUUGUCAACUUCUUCAUGCCUUGGGAGAAGCAGGCACUCGAUGGUGCUGACAAAGAUCUCGGAACAAGCCCUCUCCAACUCCUUCCUUCAGAGUUCUCCUGCGGCGAUGUAAGACGCAUGGGUGUUAUUACUGGAAAGAGUGGUAAGACAUACUGGCUCAAUAUGGAUGACCUUGGAGGAUACAGGAACGGCAAAGGAGCGACUAUGGAUGAUGUAAUCCAAAUGUACCAGAAUGAGAACUCCGUGUAUGCUGGCGCUGGUGUUUAUCCGCUGGAAGGGGGUUACAUUUAUGUGAAUGUGAUCCAAUACCCCACCCAUGUUUUCAAAUUCUCAUGCAGUGACGGCGUUCCUUCUUUUACCAAGGUUGCGGACUCGCCUAAUGUCAAUGCUUACACUCUGGGUGUGAGCCACGGCACAGUCACGACACUGGACGGGAAGGAGGGAACUGGCCUCCUUUGGAACUGUGAUGUUCAGGAGGGCAAUCUACGCAUAUAUGACGCGGUACCGGUGGACGGGAAGCUCAAUCUGAUCAAGUCUUUCGAUGUCACCGGAAGCACCAAGUUCACACGUGCAGUGUUUGGUGAUGGCAGACUUUAUAUGGGCACCACUCUAGGAACUUUCUACGGGUUCGGAUCCCCAACGACUUCACCGCUUGAAUGCACAAGCAACCUCGACUUUGGACCUAUUGACAUCUCCUCCGAGAGUGCCGAAAGGGACAUCACUUGUACUGCUCUUAUUGACGUUACCGUCUCGAACAUCGCCCUGCAAGAUGGCGCCCACUUCAAGCUCACUAACGUGCCUACCAUUCCAUUGCAGGUUGCCGCCAACAGCAAGUUCACAGCCAAGGCUAAGUUCGCUCCUUCUAGAGUUGGCGUCCUGUCCGAUAACAUUGCCGUCGACACAACCAAUUCACAGGCUGGCUACAGCAAGAACACCCUUAUUCGUGUCUCAGGCACUGGCGAGAGUGCAGGCCCUCUACUCUCUAUUAGCCCUGAAACGGUCACGUUUAACGGGGUCAUUACCGGAAACGACCCUAAUGGUGUCACGGAGACUGUACUCGUUAGCAACGAGGGCCAGUCUCUGCUCACUGUCACAUCUGUGCAAUACGGCGAAAGCUCAAACGGAACCCUUCAGACUUGGAAUGGACAAGGCAACAUUGUGUUUGGGAAAUUUACGAUUCAAGAUAUCCCUACCACCAUUGCUGCGGACAGUAGCAAGACCGUCACUGUUCUCUUUGAUUCAUCGACCGAUGGAACUUUCCAUGGCUAUGUCAAGUUCAUUACUAAUGGUGGCGAGGAUUCCUUCAACAUCGAAGCCUCGGCUGGCCCUGCCCCUAUUGCUGUUAUUGAAUUCCAGACUCCCGAUGGCACAGGUUGGGUCAAAUAUGAUGCCAAUACACACUUCACUUUCGGUCAGGUCUACCAAAACACUGCUCUUUCAUUGAAGCUCCGUGUCACCAAUGCUGCUCCUCAGGGCGGUGUCCAAAUGAGUCUCACAGUUUCAAAGCCGCCAUUCGGUAUUGACAGCAUUGUCCAGGCCAACAACCAAGUCGAUCUUGCUGAGGGUACCACCCUUGCACCAGGACAGAGUGCUACUGCUGUUCUCACCUGUGCUGUUCCCAAGUCGCAAAUCAAUGUCGACUCGUAUAAUGGCACUGCUCCAUGGACAAUGAACAUCAACGACCCUAACCUUUCAAAGCAGACCAUGCAUUUCGAUUGCGACGCAGUGGCGCAACAGGCUCCACCUCUCCUGGACAAUGGCCAAGGCAAGUUUAGAUAUGUCGGCUGUUACAAAGAGAACAAUCCAGGACGGCAGCUCUCUACUCAGCUCUAUGGCAGUGACACGAAUGAGGGCUUCAUGUGUAUCAACGCUUGCGAGAAUGGAGACUACAUCUUCUGUGGAACCCAGUAUCAUCGCGAAUGCUGGGCCGGCAACACAGUGCCUAACUUGAAGGUGGAUGACAAAAAUUGCAACUUUGACUGCUCUGGAGACCUGAACCAGAUCUGCGGUGGAGAUGGUGUGGAUGGGGCUGGUAUAUUUAUUUCGCUGUUUGCCGAUUCGUUACGUUGGGACGAGAACUCAACUGAACCUCUCCCUCCCGGCGGUCCCUAUGUUAACCCUGGGGUGCUCGGCUACGGCAGUUUGGGCUGCUGGACGGAGCCUACAUCGGGCGAUCGCGCUUUAUCCCAACAGAUGAGUAUUACAGAAGCUACCGUUGCUAAAUGCGUUAAGCUAUGCGCUGAUCGAGAAUACCUCUACGCUGGGUUGGAGUAUGGAGCGGAGUGUUGGUGCGGCGAUGCACUGAGCAGCGCAUCACUCUCAGCUCCUGAUGCUGAUUGCGGUAUGACGUGUUCAGGAAACUCUACCGAAUAUUGCGGCGGUGGCUCUCGUUUGAAUCUGUACAAGUAUGGAGCCUCAUUCAAUGGCACAAAUCCCGACAAUAGCACAACUACUGCUACGCCCACCAGUGUCUCGACCGUUUCCAGCUCUGCAAUAACAACCACGACAGCAACAGCAACAGAACCUGCUCAGCCCACAAUCAAAUCAAGAGUGGGUGAAUGGGUGUUCGAGGCUUGUUGGAAUGAGCUAGCAGACGGGCGCGUUCUGUCAGCUCGUACCGAGGCCACCGAUGACAUGACACUAGAGAAGUGUGCCGAAUUCUGCUCUGGAAUGGCGUACUUCGGUGUCGAGUAUGGAAGAGAAUGUUAUUGUGAUGACUUGCUUCGAGAGGGCAGCACCAAGGCAGAUGACCCUAGCACCUGCUCUCUCACCUGCGCUGGCGAUGAAAGCACAUACUGCGGUGGUUCCAUGCGCUUACAGUUGUAUAAGCAUGGCGUUUCUGCUGAUUCUGGCGCAUCGUCUACCCCAGUGACUACCCCAACCUCGGGAGUCUCGUCAACAACUCCGACCUCUGCAUCCAGCUCCAAGGUCGAUGAUGCCGCUUCCAGCCCCAGCUCUGCCUCAAGCUCGACCCCCAGUUCUUCCUCCGACUCAUCCUCCAGCUCUAUCCCUAGCUCUACCUCCACUCCCGGCCACUCUUCGAGUUCGACCGCUGGGUCAAGUUCCGAAUCCGAGUCGGUAUCAAGCACACCCUCAAAGACCUCUUCCACUAGCUCCACAACUACUCCUACCUCAGCCUCAUCGACCCCGACUGGUCCAAUCGUGUACCCUGGAAACCAAAAUUUCACAUAUUACUCUUGUGUCGAAGAGCCAUCAGCGGGAAGGCUUAUGGAUGAUCAGAUCUACAACAACGGCGACAAUAUGACAAUCAAGUCCUGUCUUGAGCGUUGCUGGGAGUAUGACUGGGCUGGUGUUGAAUAUGGCAGGGAGUGUUGGUGUGGUGAUAAAUUGAACUUGGAAGGAGAGACAAAUGCCACGCCCGGAAAGAAUGUGACAGACUCAGAAUGCUCGUUCUUGUGCCCUGGCGAUGACAUGGUUUACUGCGGUGCUGCCUCACGCCUCAGCCUGUAUGUCAAGAAGGAGCUGGCCAAGAAACUAUGGGAAGAGUCUCAGGAGUCUACUUAA